AUGCUCGAGCACGUGCUGUCCUCCUGCGUGACGGCGGGAGGCUUUGGCGCCUGCCCGAAAAUUGUGGUUUCGGACGGCUUCCGGGUUGCGUCCGCCGGCCAGCGACCAAAACCCAAGGCUGGCAGGAUACCACCAGACUGGGAAGAGCCUUAUGAAGUGUUCAGGCACAUUCUGUCUGUCGACUUCUGGUGUACUAGGCCAGGGCACCCCAAAAGCACGCCUUCAAUGAGAACUAGCCUCCCAACGUCAGGGCUUUGCGGGAUGCUUGCACAUCGCUCUUCGGCAGGUCCGAACGCCUUUCAUCCUGGUGCUGCAGCACGAUCGGCCGUGCGUUCGUCCCUUCGAUGGCCCAGGUAUCCUCAGGGCGAUGCUGGGCUGCUCCAGCCUGAAGUAUGUGGGCCUACCGACCAAGGCAAGCCUGGCACGGACAGAGCCCUCCCACCUUGCCAGCAACUGGCACCUGCAGCCGCAGGUCUGGGAGGCUCCCGAUGCCUCCUUCAAGCUGCGGCCACUCUGCCUUUGGUACGAUUCCGCGCACAUCUGUCGCCUGGAUCAUUACAGGGACUUUGUGUUCCGCAAAGGCCGAGAAUGGAGUGGUGGGUUCCCGGAAGAUUCCUUCGGCCAGGAGAUGCAGCUGGAAUUGCGCACGGCUCCCAGAACCCAGUGGCCCACGGGUUCAAAAGUUCUGCGAGUGGGCGCCCGAUCCUUGAACCCUAG